AUUAUUAGCUAGUGCGGAACUAUUGUUUUGACGUCAUUAUCUUGCGACCACUUAGCGCUUCACAAGGAACCAAUUGACAGCUAAAGUUCAGGAUUUCAUAAUAAAGGAUGUCUGGUAGUUUUUAUUUUGUCAUGGUUGGGCAUCAUGACAACCCCGUAUUUGAGAUGGAGUUCUUGCCAAGUGGGAAGCCUGAGUCAAAGGACGAUCAUCGGCACCUGAACCAAUUUAUUGCACAUGCUGCACUGGAUUUAGUGGAUGAAAAUAUGUGGUUGUCCAAUAACAUGUAUUUAAAAACUGUGGACAAAUUCAACGAGUGGUUCGUCUCUGCGUUUGUCACCGCAGGACAUAUAAGAUUCAUUAUGCUCCAUGAUGUAAGACAAGAAGAUGGAAUCAAGAACUUUUUUAAUGAUGUGUAUGACUUGUAUAUUAAGUUUGCUAUGAAUCCCUUCUAUGAAAUCAAUGCACCAAUUCGCUCAACAGCUUUCGAGAGAAAAGUGCAGUUUCUUGGGAAGAAACAUCUUCUGAGCUGAUCUCACUGGUUUAACCCACAGUUGUUCUGGAAAUGCAUGUCCUCCACUUGUAUAAUAUGCCCCCUUAACAGCUUAAAUUGGUCUUGUCUAUUGCCCCAAAUUCCAUGGACAUUUUUCAAUGUACAUUUACUACCAUUUGUAUAAGUUUGU